GGUAGAUGGGUAAUUGCAAUUGAGCAAAGAAUGAAGAUUGUCCUAAAGAAUCCUACUAACAAAAGUCCUUCAGACCAUAGUCAUGUUGUAAUGAACCAAAGCAUUGGAGAUCACAGUGAGCAUUGUACUAAGUACUUAAACUGCCGAUCAAUUCCACAAGCACCUUUUAAAAGAAGAGCUCAGCAAAGUAGAACCGUUCGUGUGCAGCCGUGUGACAACAUGAUGCCUGAAGGGCUCAAACAGUCUUCAAUACCUGACCUUUGCUGUCAGUGUAAUGACAUGUGCAAUAUGUCAGAGAAAGGUCCUAAAUGCAAAAGGUGCCAAGUGAGGAAACAUGAAAAAGAUUAUGGCUGUGGGGACAGUAAAGUGGCUGAGAUGACAAAAAACAGCUGGAGGGGCACAGAGCUCGUUGCAACAAUUGAACCUCUCCAAGUUAGCUUAAACAGAACUGGAUGUAGCAAGAUAAAUCCUUCUGAAGAUUUGUCAAAAUUUGUUAAACCAAAUCAAAACAAAUCAGUAGGUAUGGACUUUAAAACAGGAUGUGCAUUGCCCAGGAACAACGCAGAAAUAUUGCUGGAAACCAGACCAUCAGAACUAUCCAGAGUAAUUCAGCAAGAUGUACAGCAUCUUAUAGUUUUGAAUAAAGCCCAUUUGGGAGCUAAUAUUAGUGAUUUUGGAAAGACCAGACCACCUAAUGUUACAGAAUCUUGUUCUGCAGUAGAAUUUAAACCAGGGCAUUUAGGAUUAUCCUGGCAUCCCAAAGGUUUGGUUUGUCAAGAUAACACAGUUUGGAGCAAAGUGGGGUUUACAGAUGUAACGGGGGACAGUUUAGAAGUAGAAAUACCAGAAUUUCCUGAUGUUAAAACCCAAGAACUAAAUGCUGGCUUUGACCCGAUUGACAUUAUUGUACCAGAUGAGAAGGUACAUCUUUCUGAAAGCUGUAAAAGAAAAACAAGUGAAUGUGUGCAUUGUGAGGUUUCUGUGACACAGUUUAGUUGUGCAAGAACAAUGCCCAUCAUUCUGGAAACGUGUGCCCGAGCCAGACCAUUCAAGAGAGCAAGACUGUGCCAAAAAUAUUGGUUUGAUUCGCAAUGGUGUUGCAAACAGGAAAAUGCAGGCGAACUGCACAGAGGCACAUCUGUACUUGAGCCAAAAUCCGGAGCAUUGUUAUGUCAAGCAUAUUUGGAAUCAUAUAGGAAUAUUUUAGAUUUGUUGGAGAGGUUGUCCUUGGAGGUGCCUAACUUAAAGACAGUUAACAAAGAUAAUUUAAGAAAUAAAUCACUAUUAGAAAAUAAUUGGAGUUGUAUAUCUUUUGCAAGUGACAAGGUAGCAAAAGUGCAGCCUUCAGUACAUUUCUCAAAGCAUCCAAACGUUGAAUAUGGUAGACAGUUAAAAGAUGCAUAUUCCUGCAAUAACUUUAAAUUGCCUCCCUCUGCCAAUGUACUAAAUAUCUCCAAAAUGGAAAAUGGUUUUUGUGUUGAAGAAAAGAAAUGUCCAAUCGGGCAAAAUAAACUGAAUUGCCCAAGCCCAGCUGCUCAUUGCACUGAAGCACUGUCAGCCAAACCACCCACAUUACAUGUUCCUUUGUGUAAUGAUACAGGAGGAAAAGCAACUGUAGACUACCAAAGAUCUGAGUAUGUUCAGGAUAAACUUACUCCAAAGAUAGUGUACACAAAGGAAAUGAACAAUGGACUGUCAACAAUGAUCUCUGAUCAUCAGAAUGAAUCUUCAGAUUUAAGAUAUGAUCAAAUAGAUGAACGUAAUGAACAUACUAGAAGUGACGGGUUUCUUGAUGGUUACUCUUUCGUUGUUGAAAAUAAAGCAGACUUUCAUUCUAAGACAGCAAAACUGCCUCUGUGGCCAGAUGAUGACUGCAGUCUUGAAAAAUCUUCAAAUUGUCUACCACAGAAUGUUGAAAAUAUUUCUUUAUUGGAAAACCAACACAUGAUUGCAUCUCCAAAGGAACAAUUUAUUGCAGCGCAAAUAAUUACAGACAGUGAAGUCAAAGAAAUACUAUAUAGGAACUCUGAAAAACAGUGUCAUAUACAGCGAGUACCUGAUGUUAUCAGAGCUUAUGAAGAGGAUGCGCUUGUGAUCGAUGUGAUUCAAGAUGACCCAGAGUUAUUUGGCAGUCCCAGUAAUACUGAGGUGGUGCAGAAUGCUGAACCACUUGUGGCUCUGGAAGAAACUGCAUGUAGGAAAGAGGAGUUAAACUCUGGAGAUGGUUACUUUGGAAGUGAACUGAACAACAAACGGAGAGAGUCAUAUGAUGAGAUUUCCAGCACGUUUCUUCAUGUAUCCAAAGAUGAUUCCCUUGGAAAGGUGCCAGACUCAACCAGUCUGCAACAUAAUGGAUUGAAUACGCAAAGGAAAACAUCUGUGAAUGAAGGGAAUUAUCUUGUUGAAGACACAUUGACAGUGGUGAAAGAGGGAGAGGUUACUGAUCCUGGAUACAGUUCGUACCAGGGUGCUCCGAAUACUGGAUUAGUUUCUGAGAUGGUUGAACAACAGGAUGACAGAGGGAUUGAAAUAAGUAGCUGCAGCUUUCAACAGCAUUGUUCAGAUGGACAUUUAUUGGAAAAUCAGUAUUCCCCCGAACAACCUUGUUCUGAACCUCCCAUGCAUAAAUCAGCGUUGAUAAAUGAUUUAAAAUUUCCUCAAGAGCAUUUACAACCACCAACAUCAGCGUGUACUCCUGUUCCUGUAUUUCCAAAUAAUUCUGAGCAUCGGACAUUGGCUCGGCCUUUUAAUUAUCCACUGGAGCUGACGGCACUACCAUCUGGUUACUGCCGAUUUUAUUUCACCACAGUUAAAGGAUGCAGGAAAAAAAUGUGCAGGUUUGGGCAUGAAUUUAAGGAAGGAGAUGAAAAAUUCUGUAUGGAGAUUGUUCAGAAGUUUUUGGAGACUGGUAAACUGAAUCUCUUGCUCCGUGCAGUCAGAAUAUUUAGAAGUUACUACAGAAGUUUUCCACCUGGCAUUUACUGUAGUUCUCAACUGAUGAACAGACUACUUUUCACAUUGUUGAACUUGCGUAUGUUGCAAGAACUGUUUGAAAUUCUCAAUAUGGCAGUGAUCAUGAAGAUGUUGCCAGAUGGCAACAUUUUACUCAAUGUCUUUGAUCUAGUGGCAUCCACAGACUCAAGACCCCUGGUCCCCAAUCUUAUAGAGAUAACCUGUAAGCUUACCGAAGUGGGAUUUAAAUUUAAGUUGGAUCAGUUUAACUACAUGAUGCAUCUGCUGAAUCAGCUACAUGUGCCUCACCAAGAAAUAGAUUUCAUCAUGGCACUUAAACCAAGGUUACUUUCUGAUCAAGCAGAACCAGAAGAGCUGCUUAACUUGAAUUUUGCAAUAGCUGAAAUGGAGCAAUACAAAGAAAAAGGAGAAUGGAGCAAGAUGGGAACUUUCUUUCAGAGUCUACAUUGGAAUGAUGAUGCUAAAAGUGAACUUCACAGAAUUGCCACAUGCAUUGCAAUUAAUCUGGUAAAAUACGAGGACAGUGGAGCUGCAGUCCCUUUUUGUGAAUUUGCAAAAGCAGUUUGUCAAAAGCCACACAUCAAUGGUAUGGUCAAGGCAUUGCUUGUCAGGAUUGGGAUAUCUGUGAUGGUUGCAUACUAUAAAAGUGAACAAUGGAGAAAGGCAAGAAAAGUUCUGGAAAUGUUACAGGAAAUUCCAGUGAAUUUCACAGUAUUGAAGAGUAUCGUUAGUGAGUAUGAUGUAUCAAGAUGCCAGAUCAUUAAUGUUGCUGGAGAAACCUUUCUCAAAACAGGAUGUGUGAAUAAAGCACUGUGGCUAUUAAGAGAAUCUGGCUGGAUAAUCUGUACUCCAGAUUGGCCUUGUGAUGAUUUGGAUGUUCUCAAUCGACACAAUCUUUUGUUUAGACUUGCUGAUGCAACUCUGAAGAGUAACAUGUAUUGUGAAACAUUGGAAGUUCUGCAGAACUUGCCUGGAUUCCAGAAAAUAAAUGGUUCCAUGGAUAUCCCACUCUAUGUCAGUAUUUUCAACAAUCUGCUGCAUGAGUGCAUCCAAAAUAAUUGUCUUGGGGUAUCAACUGACACAUUGGAGUUUAUGAGAUCGGCAAAUAUUCCUGUAAAUACUUUGGCUGUGAGAAACUUAAUUACAGCUUUAGGAAGGUCUUGCUUGUGGCCAAAAGCAAGAAAACAGUACAAGAAAGCCUUGUCCAGUGGAUGCUAUCCACCAGUUGAGGAAAACUUGUACCGCAAACUACUCCCGAUUCCAUGCUUCCUGUCAGAGGUAGAAAUGUUAUUGGCAACUGAAAUGUUCCUUGUUACGAAUGCUAGCAACAUUCAGAGCCCCAGUGUCUCCAAACAAUCUCUGCAGAUUGUACUGAGAAGGAAUGAAGAUGAGAAGAAUCAGUUGACAAAUGGAGAUUAUGAAGCAGCUGUAGACAGAUUGCUGGCAGCUGCUCGAAUAUCAGAACCAAAGCUUCAGAUAAAGCACACCACAGUCAACAUUGCAAAAGAAGAAGUCUUCAGUUUAGAAUAUUCCUCUGCACUAAAGUGGCUGGAAUGGAACAUGAAGUGGGCUGGCAAGGUUUGGCUGUUCGACUAAUUAUGGCAGAGAGAUUACUCUGGCCUGAAUAUUAAAAAAAUAUUUUUGAGUUACGUGUUAAAUUGCCAAUCACUGAACAAUAAAACCAUUUGAUGUUGAAAA